AUGCAGCGCCUUGCGUUCUCCGCCUCGACCCAGCACCGCGCCUUGGGUGAUGGUCGCUCUUCUUUCAGCCAAGAUGGCACCUCAGUCGACGGGAGCUAUGUUGAUGGGACCUCCCGAUCUGUGCGCAACGGGCGCUCGGGUUCUGGAGGCAGCAUGUCCACAGCUCCCCGCGGAGCAUCAUCACUGGCUCCGUCUUUCGGCGGGCCAGGCGGCUUCAGCUCGGAGCUCAAGAGCAUGAGUUCCCGCAACGUAACACCCCGUCCUGACGGCACCUUCACGAGGCGAGCGAGCAGAUCAAUCGGCGAAGACGAUCUCCCCACAACCGAGGAACGCCAGGCUUUUCUACGAGAUAAGAUUGCGAAGGAGAUCAAGAUCAAGACUGGGACGGAAAACAUGCUAGAGGCAUUAUACGCGAAACCCCCCAAACAGACCAAGGAACAGCGCCUGAAAGUGGAAUCAGAGUUGAGCUCAUCCAAUCGAAAACUGGCUGAGCUUCAACAUAAGCUUGAGGAGGAGCUCUUACGUGCGCAGGCGCCGUCUUCCACCCCCCCGCGCAGUCGCCUUUCGAGCCUUUUUCGAGGGAGUCCUAUGCGUUCGCCUUCACGAAACCACAUUAAUAAUGUGCCAGGGGACGAGGGUGAAGGAAAUGGUGCAGAAGGAGAUAUGGAAUCCCCAACCUACGUCCUCUCGGAAACCCUUCAAGCCUUGGAGAUUGAGGGAAUGGCACCCGAUUUCUAUGUUGACCAUGCAAACAGCUUGGUCGAGCUGUUCAAACGGUACGGCACACUGAAAUAUGAUCUCGCGUGGCCUGUAUUUGGGCUUCGUGUCCAAGUCAUGCUUCUCAGCGACAGCAAAGAACUGGUAGCUGCUGGGUACCGGUUGACUCGUUACGCAAUUGCCGAUCGAAAGUCACUACAAACAAUCAGAGCACUACACACCGAUGAACUUGUGAUAUUGUCACUUGUCAAAGAGAGCAAAGUCAGUAUUGAGAGAGAGCAAGCUUUGAAGUUUGUGAGGGCAUUUCUUGAUGUGAAAGAUGGCGUGAAGGAGAUAUCUCGUGCCAUUGUGAGAACGAUCGUUUCGAUCGCUGAGCAUCACGAAGACCGUUUGCGUAACAUAUCUAUAAUGACCCUCGCGGAGAUGUUGGUCAAAGAUCCAGAGCUUGUAGCUUCUGCUGGUGGAUUUGCUGCUUUGCAUGACGCUCUCUCUGAAGGUACAUUUGGUGCCUCCGAGAGUUUGAUUUCAAGUUUCUUGCACGUUCUUGAUACCCCAUGCAGCCGAAAGUAUUUACAAGGCUGUGAACUGGAAGCUGUUCUGGCGCCAUACACCGACUCGUUGGCGGACUCAUUACGCAAUGGUCGGUUAAAAUCUGCCGCCCGAGCAAUAUCGGCAAUGCUCAAGACUUGGCCAGGUCUGGUAAUCCUUGCUAGGCACGAUGCAAAGCCGUUGCGUUCUCUACUAGAGUCUCUCCAAUACCCAGAUCCCCAAGCUCGUGAUCUCAUCAUGGAGCUCUUGUUUGACGCACUACGAAUAAAGCCACCCUCCUGGUCGUCUUCUUUCCUUGCGGGCAGGAGACUGACCACUUAUGGCCGCGUGUCGAAUCUACGAUCUGAUGCCGAACAAAAAUACCCACGUACCUUCUCAGACAGCGCCUCCAACAAGUUUGACUUGACGGCCCAUUUCUCUACUCUCAUUCUGGCAGCCUUAGUUGCAGCUGGCUUACCAAAGGCCCUAUCGGAUCUUAUCGAAGACGAAACAGAUUUGUCACUCAGGCGUAAAGCCACCCUUCUUCUCACCGAAGUCUUGAAACUGGCCCACCAUUCACUCCCUGCAACCGUCAGUGCAAACUUGCAGGUACUCCCACACCUCCUCCCACCCGCCAUAAAAUUCGACACCGAGAACCACGACGUUUCAACUUCUACCAUCUUUCAAAUUGAGAGUAUUAAUCGCACAUUGGCACGCUCCGUAGCUGUCCCAAAUGGAGUUGGCCGAUAUAACGUGGACACUGACAUAUCAGCUUCUUUGUUGCCAGUCGAGCAAGGCAAAGAUAAGCUGAGUCCUUCCAUGGAUGAGACACAGUUCCGCAACGCGAUUUUGGAGACACAUGUCUUAAAUACCGUCAACUAUAUGAAAUGGAAAUGGGAUUUGAUUCACCGUCUUGUCGAGGGACCACUCACCAAUCCCAAGAGGAUGGAUGAAGCCAUCAAGGGCUCGAAAUUCAUAAAACGACUCAUUGGAUUCUACCGACCUUUUAAAUAUCGCUUUUCAAUGGCCUCAAACUCGAAACCGAAUCAGCGCUAUGUCAGGACCGGGUGCGCUCUGAUGCGCACUCUUGUUCAGACCCCGGAAGGUACCAAAUAUCUUGCCGAGAACAAAUUUCUCCGGCAAGUUGCCGAAUGUCUGGCACAGUUGGACCGUAUGAGUGGAUUGACAUCUGCCUCUCCAUUGUUCUCGCGAGAGCAAAUGACAGACACUUUGAGCGGUGGCUAUUUCGCAAUGCUGGGGACAUUGAGUGCUGAUGCGAAUGGGCUUCUGAUGAUGGAACGAUGGCACAUGUUGAACAUGUUUUAUCAUAUCAUUGAAUUGCGAGAUCGAAAUGAUCUAAUUCAGACUCUCCUGGGGAAUAUGGAUUACAGCCGGGAAAGCCAUCUCAGAGUGAUGCUUUCCAAAGCACUUACCAUUGGUUCCAAAGAAAUCCGUAUCUUUGCAACCAAACUUCUCCGAAAAUAUGCGGUCGGAGAUGCUAUAAUAACACCCCACGUUGCCAUUGGAAAUGCAGAGUGGGUGGUGAAACUUCUCGUGACUCAACUUUACGACCCAGAUGUUACUGUCUGCCAGGUUGCCGUGAAGAUCCUUGAAGAGGCGUGCAACCAACGAGACUAUCUCGAGUUCGUGGUCAAAUGCCGCCCUUCUCUUGAUCACUUGGGUGAGAUCGGUGCACCGCUCCUCUUACGCUUCCUAUCAACCUCAGUCGGCUACCAUUAUCUUGAUGGCCUAGAUUAUAUAACACAAGAGAUGGAUGACUGGUUCCUCGGUCGGAAUGACUCUUACGUUGGACUCGUGGAAGCAGCUCUGUCGAGAGCCUAUGUGGACCAACCACGACGCAAUAGCUAUGCACCAGAGGAUCUGGUGGAUAUGCAGGAUAUCGGAGUGGUUCCACCUCACUUCUAUCGCGAGCUCGCACGGACUGCAGAAGGCUGUAAGCUGCUGGAGCAGUCUGGGCAUUUCAAUGAGUUUGCGUGGACAAUCCGCGACUUCAGCUUGGACGAUGAAGACCAUGAGUCUCUCCUCAAAGUGAAAGGAUGUCUAUGGGCGGUGGGCAAUGUCGGCUCUAUGGAGCUUGGCGCCCGAUUCCUCGAAGCUGAAAUCGUUCAGCAGAUUAUAGAGAUUGCGGAGGGUGCUGGUGUUCUGACCAUGCGAGGUACUGCUUUCUUCGUCAUUGGCUUGAUAUCCCGCAGUCGGCAUGGACUGAAGGUACUUCGUCGACUGGGUUGGGAUUCAGCUGUCGACCAAGAGCAUGACUCACUUGGCCUUUGCUUGCCGACGGACUUCCGAAGGCUAUUUCUGGUUUCUUUCCCUGGAUACACCUCCCCAUCCAAGCGCAGCAUACAAGUAGCCCUUCAGGAGGCUACCACCGACCCCGACCCCACCAACCAGAAAAUCCUCAAGCAUAUUGUGGAUAUGGGUAAUACCGUCCUAUCCAAGCGAUCCGCAUCGGAACUGCACAAGAUCAAAUCCAAGCAGCCCGAACGAUUCCACCAGGUUCACCUUUUCCGAAAGGCUUUGUGCAUUUUAGAAAGCCAUCACUUCCGACUACCAUCCCGAAGGUUCGCUCUCGACCUCUUCGAUAAGAGCGUCAUGAGGCGUAUCGUCCUUGAAGAAGACUCCGAGGCCAACGCCAUGGAGCAAACUGGCACAUCCUCCCCGCAGGCCCCGCACUCAGCCGAGGCUGAACCCGCGACCGUGGAGAGUUCCAACACAUCGAGUACAGACAUCUCCAGCUCCGAAGAACAUAGCUCUUCUGAACUAGAACUCCCCCCUCACAUUAUCAUAAGACUUAUCCUAUGCCAGCACUGCUCUAACCCACUACGCAACCCAUGCCGAUUACCAUGCGGUAAUACUGUAUGUCGGGAAUGUCUGCCGGCUUCGCGGCCGCGCACGGGUAUUACAUACCCCAUUGCGCAGGGUAGAGAAGAAGGCUUUACAUGUUACUGGGAAGGCAAAAAUGGCUGCGUAGGCGAGCAUUGUGUUGAAGAUUGCGGCACUGACGUUGUGCUUUGCUUCGUGGCUGGGAUCUUUCAUGAGGAGCUCACGCGAAUGACGCCGGAUAUUAGGGAGCCGGGCCCACGCCAUGAUGAUAAUGGUCGGGUUGUUCGCUGGGGCGGAAGCCAACAAGACAAACCACACAGCCUUAAAAUAAGUGGACCAGGAUGGUUACAUGGGAUUUAUCAAUCUACAUCCGAAGGUCAAUUCCCCUAUGAUGCCAGAGACGUCUAUUAUGAAGAUGCCAACCUAGCAGAUGAGAGCUUAAAGCCAGAAACCUUGUCGCAAGACGAUCGGCUCUGUUUCAAAAACCUCAGAGAAAGGCUUCGCGCAGAGCUGGAUUGCCAAUCUGAACCGAUUAAUGCGACUCUUUCAAGUCUCAUAGACAAUCUUUUUGCCGAUCAAAUUAUAGCUCGACGAGACGCCGUCGCGCAAGAUGAAUUGGGCGGGAUGCACGACAAGAAAUUACCCCUUUUCGUCUGCACGUUAUCAUUCCCAACAAUGCCAACAUUUUUACAUAUUUUCGAGCCUCGAUAUAGGCUCAUGGUACGACGAGUCGUCGAAAACGGCGAUGGCAAGUUUGGAAUGGUCAUGUAUAAUCGUCGAGGCCGACCGCAAGGUGGCGACAUCGGCAGUGUUCCAUUCAUGCAGUAUGGCACUUUAUUAAUGGUUGAGCGCUAUGAGCUACUUCCAGAUGGAAGAAGUCUAGUAAUUGCCACGGGAGUCUCACGCUUCAAAGUACUUGAAGCCGGCAUGCUCGAUGGGUACCAUAUUGCCAGAACAGAGCGAGUAGAUGACAUCUCUCUAGCUGAAGAGGAAAGGCUCGAGGCAUUGGAGACAGUGAUUAACGCGGUCCCAGAUUUACUGCCCGACGAAAAUCUCACGCAAGCACCCUUAGAUUCAAUUUCGACUCAGGACCUCAUGCUUUUAACGAGAGAAUUUAUUCGCAAGCAGCGGCAGUCGGGUGCACCGUGGCUUCAUCCGCGUGUGAUGUUGGCGUAUGGACCUGUUCCGACGGAUGCGGCCCGUUUCCCAUGGUGGUUUGCUAGUAUUCUACCGAUCGCUGAAGAAGAGAAAUAUCCCAUUUUGUCAGCCGUGAGUGUUAGAGAGCGACUUAAAAUCUGCGCCCGGUGGGCGAGAGAACUCGAAGCCCGCGAUUGGUAA